GUUUAUUACCCUUCUCGGCAUCCUGGACCCAUCUGGUUGGGUGUCCCCCACCCACCCCUACAAGCUUACAGAUAGAUGGUGCAAGCAGAGAGAUUCAGCCCAAGGCCGUAGUUACCAGGUCGGGCCACUUGUGUAGAGACAGCCGGAGGCAUGGCCUUCACCUCCUGGGCUGUGCACCUGUGAAUGGAAUGGGUUCCUCAGGAGCAUCUGUCAGUGCCAUUGAAUGAUCCCACCCACUCGGGCUUUUUGGAGGGGUCAGGGUCAGAGGUUUACCUGUCAACUUCUCAUUAGGGAGACAAGGAUGAUAACUACAGACACAUAAGAAGAGGAUUGCUGGACAAUGGCAGUUUUUGAUACCCCACAAGAAGCGUUCGGGAUCUUGCGCCCAGUUUGUGUACAGCUAACAAAGGUGCAGACUACUGAGAAUGUGGAACGCUUGCAAGCUCAGCUGCAGACAGUCAGUGACUCUGCCCUGCAGGAACUGCAGGAGUACGUCCUUUUCCCAUUGAGGUUCGCCCUGAAGACCCCAGGACCCAAACGGGAGAGUCUUGUCCAGUGUGUGGUGCAGUGCAUCACGUCUAUCCUUUCAACAACAUGUGUGAAGAAGCAGGACCUCCUUCAGGAGCUUUUUUCUGAGCUCUGCCUGUGUCUAUCUUCUCCAUCUGGUUUGCAGCCACCAGCCCCGCUAUCAGAGGAAUUAAAACUGACUGUAAUCCAAGCACUCCAUGUCCUGAUGCAUUCAGCUUAUGGGGACAUUCUCCUGACUUUGUAUCAGCCUUCUACCCUUCCUCACUUAGGAUUUGCUGUAUCUUUGCUUUUGGCCUUGGCAGAACAAGAGAAAGCAAAGCAAAUUAAGCUGGCUGCCUUAAAGUGUUUGCAGGUCCUAAUUCUGCAGUGUGACUGCCAGGAGCAUCAUAGACCCCUAGACACGGUUGAAACAAGACAAUGUGGGAAUUUGUUUGCUUCUUUUCUACCUGGGAUCUCUAUUGCCCUGUCCCGGGUUAUUACCGGAGACAUCAAACAAGGUCAUAUGGUCACUGUUUCUGCCAUCAGGCUCUUUUAUCAAACUGUCUGCUUGGUAAUGGCAGAUGAACAACUAGCCACAAUCACACAGGAUGAAGAGAAGCCUUCAGUAGAACAAAGCAGACUGUCUGAGCUUGUGGUCCAUAGAGGACCGGACUGGGUAAAAAGCACUGCAGACAAAUUGUCUCUCCUUAUCCACAAGAUAGUUGAAUUUGCUUCUCUUCACCCUCACUGGAAGGUCAGGAUGGAAUUGGUGGAGCUGGUCCAUCUCCUUAUGUUGAAGUGCAGUCAGUCACUGGUGGAAUCAGUUGGUCACCUGUUAAAAGCCGUGGUUGGGCUUGUUAAUGAUGAAAGCAAUGAGGUCCAAAGCAAGUGUCAUGAGAUUCUCCGGAGCAUUGCGGAGCUGAGAACAGUAGCUGAGAACAGAGCUCUUGCUGAUGUUCUGUCAGAGAAUCUGCAUUCCCUUGCCACCGCCCUUCCACGUCUGAUGAACUCCCAGGAUGAUCAAGGCAAGUUCUCUACCUUGAGCUUGUUACUCGGCUCCCUGAAGUUGCUGGGCCCCAAGGUGAGCAUUGUGCUCAACUCUGCAGCCCACCUCCAGCGUCUCUCCAAAGCCCUGAUGCAAGUUCUGGAGCUGGAUGUAGCUGAUGUGAAGAUUGUUGAAGAAAGACGUUGGGGCCCUGAAGACACUCUAGGUGAGCCCUUGGGUUCCUCGCAGCAUGGCAAAGGUCAGAAGAAAUACUUCCGGUUCUUCAUUGAUGAGCGGAUUUUCUUGCUCAUUCAGCAAGUUUGCCGGGUACUUGGCUACUAUGGGAACCUCUACUUGCUAGUGGAUCAUUUCAUGGGGCUAUACAACGAAUCUGUUGUGUACCGGAAGCAAGCUGCCAUGGUCCUCAAUGAGUUGAUCACAGGAGCUGCUGGACUGGGGGUAGAUGUUCUUCACGAAAGGGAAACUGCAGUGAGCACGGAAGACCUUAAAGGGACCAUAACAUCCAUCCUCGAAGAAUAUACUGACCAGGCAAACUGGUAUCUGACCACCAGCAUUGACACUGAGGGAACCAGCGAUGAGUUAACUGUGAAACAUUCAAGAGUACGCGCUAUCCCAAGAGGUGCACACAGCAGUUCUUUGAUUUCAUCCUCCUCCCCUUCUUCAGACCCAAACCCAACCAUCCGCUCCAUGAACAGCAAUAUCUGGCAGAUCUGUAUCCAGCUGGAGGGGGUUGGCUGCUUUGCGUAUGUGCUGGGGAAAGAGUUCCGCUUGCUUCUAGCAUCAGUCCUCUACCCUGUGCUUGAAAAGGCCGGGGACAGCACUCUGCUCAUUAGUCAGACGGCAACUGGAACCAUGGUGGAUGUCUGCCAUGCCUGUGGCUAUGACUCCGUGCAACAUCUGAUUAAUGCUAACUCGGACUAUCUGGUGAAUGGGAUUUCCCUAAACCUGCGUCGGGUGGCACAUCAGCCUCACGCCUCGCGGGUCCUGGAGGCCAUGCUCAGGCAUUCGGAUGCCAGCCUGCUCCCACUGGUGGAGGAUGUGAUCCAAGAUGUCCUGUCUGCCCUUGAUCAGUUUUAUGAUGACCGAGCUUCCUCCUUCCUUGGGGUCCUGUCCACAUUAGUGGCAGCUUUAGAGGUGCAGGCCCCCCCUCCUGAGCCUGAGAUGGACGACUCCGGUGCGGAGGGAGAGACUCCAUUGCCAGCCCAUGCCCAGAUAGCAAAGGAUGUGAUGGAGAGAUGUAUCCACUUACUGUCUGACAAGAGUCUGCGGGUGCGGCUGAAGGUCCUGGACGUGCUGGAGUUCUGCGUGAUUGUGCUGCAUCUUCAUGAAAGCCAUCUGCUUCCCAUGGCUCAUCGCGCCUGGCCGGCUCUCGUCACCCGGCUGAUUAACGACGACCCGCUGGUGGUGCUCAGAGCCUUCAAGGUGCUAUGUACCCUGGCCGAGAAGUGUGGCGAUUUCCUGAGGCGACGAUUCUCCAAAGAUGUCCUGCCCAAGCUGGCCGGUUCCCUUGUCACCCAGGCUCCAGUCAGUGCCAGUGCCGGACCCAUGUACAGCCAUACUCUUGCCUUCAAGUUACAGCUGGCCGUGCUGCAGGGGCUGGGUUCGCUGUGUGAGAAACUGGACUUGGGCGAGAGUGACCUGAAUAAAGUAGCAGAUGCCUGUCUGAUUUACCUCAGUGCCAAACAACCCGUGAAACUGCAAGAGGCCGCCCGGAGCGUUUUCCUCCAUUUGAUGUGUGUGGACCCUGACGCCACCUGGCUCCUGCUGAACCAGAUCUGCUGCCUUCUCCCGUAUGAGCCCCCCCACCCCAGCCUCCAGCCGGUGAAGCUAGGCGGGAUGGGGAGGCAACGGACUGAAUUCACCGACAACGUGCUGGGCCUGCUGGGUGAGCUGCAGCGACGGGAGACAGCAGCGUUUCAAGCCGGGCCCCGAGAGGCACCUGAGCCGCAACCCCCCUCGCUGACCGAGGCCCUGGGAUAGCGGCCGGGGGAAGCGAGAAAUGGCUGGUGUAAAUGCAAUGCUGUCUAGGAACGUCCCAUCGCCUCAGACUGAAUCGCUGCGGAGGAAGAUGAGAGCUGCUCCAGGACUGAGACCCGGCUCCCUGAGGGCAGAGUUGACAAAGGCAUUUGAGGGCGAGUUAGAUAUAGCACACGCCGGGCUUGCACUCCCCUGCACACACGUGGGGCCAAAGGGGCACGUGCAUCUCAGGCUCCUUUGUGGCUAAAGAAGGAGAUUGUCAAGAUGCUCCCAUCCCUAUUAUCAAAACACUGGGCUGCUGCCUGGGGUCCCUGGCAGAAUGCCCCUUCCAGUGCUGCCCCAAGCCAGAGAAUGCAACUGCAUCCCUCCCCUGCUUCCAACUGGUUCCCUCCCCUUCCUCCCCCCACCGUACACGCACAUCCCCUUCUUCACUGAUUAUAAAUGAUGGCCUGAAAACUUGAAUUGAAAUUUCCUCCCCUCGCUGACCGGAACUUCUCCAAUAUGGCAGAUACUUCUUCGGGGUUAGAACUCUGUCUCUAGCAGUGCUUCGUAUUAAACAAUUUAAAUAAAAUCAUGUUUCAAA